AUAGGUGCACCUUCAGCUCCAUCACCAGGCGAUGCUCCCCGGCCACUCCGUCCAGCGCCGCACCGGUGGAACAGACGGACACAACUACAGAUGACCGAGCCAGGGCAGCAAGGGGUCGUCUUCAUAGAAAAGUAAUGGACUCAGUUUGACAAGUGCGGCCCCUACCCAGCCCCCCCCCCCACCCCUGCAGGCCUCUUUAACACACUGCAGCUAUGGCGGCUUGUCCGAGAGGCUGUGCGCCAGCUGUGCGCCUUUGUCAGCGACUGAACCGACUGAAAACGCUAGAUGGCGACAUGAUGGCAACGUCGCUGAAACGAUGCCUGUCCACACUGGACCUGACUCUGAUGGGGGUCGGUGGCAUGGUGGGCUCUGGUCUUUAUGUCCUAACAGGAACUGUGGCUAAGGACACGGCUGGGCCAGCUGUUAUCAUAUCCUUCCUUUUUGCAGGUAUUGCCUCCUUACUGGCUGCCUUUUGUUAUGCAGAGUUUGGAGCACGCAUUCCCAAAACAGGUUCUGCCUACAUGUUUACCUAUGUGUCCGUGGGAGAGGUCUGGGCAUUUCUCAUUGGCUGGAACGUGAUCCUGGAGAACAUGAUUGGAGGUGCUGCUGUGGCACGAGCCUGGAGUGGCUAUCUAGACUCCAUUUUUAACCAUGCCAUCCAGAACUUCACAGAGACACACAUCAUGCAGUGGAACGUGCCCUUCCUGGCUCAUUACCCUGACCUACUUGCGGCAGGAAUUCUUGUCGUUGCCUCUGUCUUUAUUUCCUUUGGAGUUCAAGUGUCCUCUUAUCUGAACCAUAUCUUCUCCAUCAUAAGCAUGGGGGUCAUUGUUUUCAUCCUGGUCUUUGGGUUCAUUCUGGCUGAGCCUGCCAACUGGAGUCAGGAGCAGGGAGGCUUUGCCCCUUUUGGGAUGUCUGGAAUCCUGGCAGGCUCGGCCACGUGCUUCUAUGCCUUUGUGGGCUUUGAUGUCAUUGCCUCUUCAAGUGAGGAGGCAAAAGAUCCCCAGAAAGCUAUCCCUAUUGCCACUGCCAUUUCUUUGGGACUGGCAGCAACAGCCUACAUCCUGGUGUCCACUGUGCUCACACUAAUAGUGCCCUGGCGCACACUGGAUCCCAACUCAGCCCUGGCCGAUGCUUUUUUCCGCCGUGGUUACAGUUGGGCUGGAAUUAUUGUGGCCAUAGGCUCCAUCUGUGCGAUGAACACUGUGCUGCUCUGCAAUCUCUUCUCCCUCCCUCGGAUUGUGUACGCCAUGGCAGAUGACGGAUUGUUCUUCUCCAUCUUUGCGCGGGUCAAUCCCGUCACUAAAGUCCCCGUCAAUGCAAUCCUGGUGUUCGGAAUCCUCAUGGCGACCAUGGCUCUGAUCUUUGAUCUUGAGGCUUUGGUUCAGUUCCUGUCUAUCGGCACUCUCCUGGCAUACACCUUUGUGGCAGCAAGCAUUAUUGUGCUGCGUUUCCAGCCUGAGAAAACCAAGGAAACAGCUUCCACAUCUCCCAACCCCAGUGCUGAGCCCCCAUCUGCCCCUUCAGAGUCUGAGACCAUAACGGAUAGCAGCGAUGGGCCCAAGCAAUAUGAGUCUUUCUCUGACAAACUCCAGCUGGUGGAGAGGCAGAAGACAAGAGAGCGGCGUGGGGUGGGGCAGCUGAAGGCCUACUGGGAGCCAUACCUGGACAGGCUGCUGGGGGACUGUGAGCCCGGUGAAGUGGUGGCCUUCGGUGUGUUGACUCUGAUUGUGAGCUCCGUGUCCCUCUGUGCUGUGCUGGAGUUCGGAAGCAAACAGCUGCAGCUGCCAGUCUGGAGCUUUGCAUUGCUCGUGGUCAUCUUCAGCUUGGCUUUCAUCAUCAGCCUGGUACUUAUAUGGGUUCACGAGCCACAAAAAAACACCAAAACAUUCCAGGUUCCUCUGGUCCCACUGACUCCCGGCGCCAGUAUCCUUCUUAAUGUGUUCCUCAUGAUGAAACUCAGCGUUCUAACCUGGAUUAGAUUCACUGUGUGGAUUGGCAUUGGCCUUAUUGUGUAUUUUGGCUAUGGCAUCUGGCACAGUAAGGAGGGAAUACGAGAGCUGCAGCCUAAAGACAUGGCCGCCCGGUAUGUGGUGUUACCCAGCGGCAGCCUGGUGGAAACCGUGCAGUCCGUCCAGCCCGACGGUGAAGUGGACGCCUCAACGCACCGCGUCAGCUCCCCCUCCGCUCCAACGCCCGAGGACUACGCUGGGAAGAGAUGAUGUGUGACCCAUGUGAUUCACCAUUACAGAUGCCUGAUAUGAUCUGUUGUCCCUCACACAUACCGUAUUAUUGCUAAUGUACUUUAUGUAUCUCACUCCUGUUAGCGCUCGGCAGUCUGUAUCUGUUUGCUCAGCAAAAGUAUGUUCACCUCUGGAAGAGAUUCACUCAGUCUUAUUGUGAAGCACAUUUGUACAAUUUGCAUUGCUCAAACAUACAGUUGAGAGCUUUACUACGGUCCUGAACUCUUAAACCAUCAAAGGUGUGUUGCAUUCUUCAUCCCUUUUGCAAACUUGGUAUUUUUUUCGCAAUCCAGUCAGUUGAAGGUUAAAUAUGGUGCUUCGAGUAUUUAUUUAAGUAAGUGUUUUACACAUGUUAACAGUGCUGGGGCUUUAAAGCAGAAGACCCACUACAUUUUUGAAGGAUUAUUUUUGACAAGUUAGCUGUCAUUGUUUGUUUGUUUUUGUUGUGUUUAUUUCUAGAUUAACAGAAGACUGCACAGAGUUGUGAGUUUACAUUUUUGUCUCUUCACAAAUUCUCCUCCAUGCCACAGAAGAAACUUCAGGCUUUAAAGUAGAGCUUUUUUAUCUAUCAACCUCAUUGUGGUAAACUUACACUUUCCAUAGGUAUAUCGAGUCUUAUUAAAUUAUUUAUUCCUAUUAUAUAACAUCAGUUCUAUUUUUUUCUUUUUUAAUAAUACCAAUCACAUUUUCCACAUAUUCAGGACACAUAGUCUUAGUUCUCUUUAAUUUCUGUUCUUGUUGUGUUUUGUUUUGUUGUGUUACUAUUUUUGUAUCAUAAGUUUUACAUGUAUCUCUGCUGGUCUUGAUAAGUAAUAGGUGUUUACCUUUUAUUUGAUUGAGCACUUUAGCCUUUUUCCCACCUGUUUCAAAUCCCAUGACUCAUCUUUUGCGCCUUUUUUUAGCUUGCAUCAUUCAUCUUCGGCUUUUCCCUCUUUCUCUGUUAUCUCAAGAUUUGAACUCAAAGCACACCAAUCACUGAGAUUACACAACUGGUUCCUUAAACAACCUGAGGAAUAAUUCAAUUACUGAGCAUAUGGACAAGCACAAGGCGAAUGAAUGGGAAUUUUGCACCAAAACUGAAACGAGUAGGCCUACAUUGGAUUCUGUUUCAGCUCGGUAAUCCCAACAGAUGUGCUGUGCUGCAGUCUCUGUCCCCACUCUGCCACAUGACCUAGAAUAGAGGAAAGCACACUCGUGACAAUAACAUUCCUUCAAUCUGCUUUCGUAUCUGCAAAUUAUCUGAAGUAAGGCUUGUUUUUAAUCAAAUACGUAAAAGCACUUAAAAGAUGUCACCGUCUGGUUUAAUUGAUUUCACUUUGUUGUGGAACUUUACAUAAGAGACCAAUGGCCUUAUAAAUGUUUUCAAUGCAGACUGAUCUCCAAAGCCGAAGCUUGUCCAUCUAACUGGUUCUAGCUGACUCGUUUAUUUGCCUGUCAGGAAAAAAACUCUUAACCAGGACUUGUUCUUUAGUUUUUAAGCCAAAAAUUUAAAUAAUCCAAAUAUGGAAGAGAAUGUACAUUAGGAGGCAUUUUGACAUUGUUGGAAAAGGGUUGAGAUUUCAAGGGAAUUUUAUACAACUUUGCAAAUUAUUGUCCAGUAAUUUAUUUAUUUUUUUCCAAAUUAAUGCUUUUGGUGUUGGGGCCAGUGACACAUAUUUAUACUGUUACUGUAUACUGUUACUUUUUAAGCUAUACAUUCUAUCAAAUAUUUUUGUGCCAGGAAGCAUACAUUCACUUGGUCAGAUUCUUAUCUUACCGUUGAGUAGUAUUGUGCUCUGUACUCGCACAUUCAAGUCUCAAAUCUUUAUGUUACAGUGUAUGUCUGUAAAAUGAAAGAAAAAAACCCAGAAAAAAUAAAUGUUUUAAAGCAGCAUUAAACCACUGGUAUUCCUACUGCACAGUACAUGUCCUCUGAGAUAAUUUCCUCCCAUAAAAUGUAGAAUC